AAGAAGAAGAACAACUCUUCCUCUCUGGCUAUAGCAAGUAUUCAAUCAAGCCAGGGAAAGAUGGCGAGCCGAGUCCUUCAGAAGGUGGGCAACGGCCUAAAACAGACGAGAAACGGAGUCCAGAUGAACGGACAAGUCAUACUUACAAUCAGGAGUCUAUCAGCGUCCACCAAUAAGAACCGUGAGGACAGCUGGUUCAAGUCUCUGUUUGUCAGGAAGGUCGACCCCAGAAAGGAUGCCCACUCUCAACUACUGGCUAAGAAGGAAGACACCAACCUCUACAAAAUACAGUUUCACAAUGUCAAGCCCGAGUGCCUUGACGCUUACAACAAGGCAAGUGAGGAGGUUCUGCCCUCCAUCAACGCUGACUCUCACUACCCCUGUGAGCUGAUUGGCACCUGGAACACAUGGUAUGGAGAGCAGGACCAGGCAGUUCACUUGUGGCGAUAUCGGGGAGGCUACCCAGCCCUGACAGAGGUCAUGAACAAACUCCGGCAGAAUAAGGAGUUCAUGGAGUACAGGAAUGAGCGGGGGAAGAUGUUGCUGUCUCGUCGUAACCAGCUGCUCCUGGAGUUCAGCUUCUGGAACGAGCCCACCCCCCGCCCAGGACCAAACAUCUAUGAGCUCCGCUCAUACCAACUCAGGCCUGGAACUAUGAUUGAGUGGGGAAACUACUGGGCUCGGGCCAUAGAGUUCCGGCAGCAGAACAGUGAGGCUGUGGGAGGGUUCUUCUCGCAGAUCGGCAGCCUCUACAUGGUACAUCACCUCUGGGCCUACAAAGACCUCCAGUCGAGAGAAGACACAAGGAACGCAGCUUGGCAACAUGAAGGCUGGGAUGAGGUUGUCUAUUACACAGUUCCGCUGAUCCAGCACAUGGAGUCCAGAAUAAUGAUCCCCAUGAAGACCUCCCCUCUGAAGUAAACCCUGCCAGCACCCAGGGGAGAUCCCGGCUACCAAGCCCACCACCACACUGAUAUGUAGACAACGUAACUGACCAACAAUGUGCUCUCACUGUACUUCCAGGAGUUUCAGCAAUGAAAUCAACAUGCUUGACA